AAAUGCAUAAAAAUGUGAUAAAAUAAGUAAAAAUAAUACUGGUACUACCAUAAGUUCAGUCGGCACAGUUCCUAAGUUCCUCAGUUUACUUGUUUCCUGUUCCGUUAGUUGUUAGCAUUGCAGAUAGCUACAUUGCUGAUCGCAUUAUUGUGAGGAGCUGCUUUGAGUUUCUCUCCGUUUUGCUUUUAUCGAAAAUCGUGAUUCUUGCUGAUAAAGCUUUUGCGAACAUUUGAAUUUUAAUCACGCUAUCAAUAACUCAUCGUUCAUAUAUGCCACUUUGCCACGUUGUUCCGUGGUUAGUUCGUUCUGCACAGCUGGCAGUGUCGCUUGUGCCUAAACGUUCCGAACACACCCGGUUGGCUUUCUCGCGAUUCUGCAGAGUAUUUCCUUUUAAAACCGUAGCAAUGUCGCUGUCGUCAGCUGCGGCGGUGGCGAUGGGGGACAGCAGUGUGAUUGGGGAUGGCCUGAAACCCAGUGUUGUGUUUGUGCUCGGCGCGCCUGGCUGUGGCAAGGGCACCCAGUGUCCGCUCAUCGUGCGGGAUUUCGGCUAUGUUCAUCUGUCAGCGGGGGAUCUGCUGCGCGAGGAGCGAGAAUCCAAGGACUCCCCGUACGGCGAACUGAUCUUGAACUACAUGAAAGAAGGCAAAAUUGUUCCUGUGGAGAUCACAUGUUCCCUGUUGGAGAAUGCGAUGCGAAAAAGUGGCAGGUCGCACUUCUUGAUAGAUGGUUUCCCGCGCAAUCAAAACAAUCUGGAGGGCUGGAAUCGUCAGAUGGGACAUAAAACCAAUCUGCUGUUUGUGCUGCAUCUGGAUGCUCCUAAGGAAUUGUGCGUACAGCGGUGUCUGAAACGAGGAGCCCAGAGCGGACGACCAGAUGAUAACCUGGACAGCCUGGGCAAACGGUUUGACACGUACAUGAACGACACGAUGCCGAUUAUCAAUUUCUACGCGGAACGUGGAUUGGUCCGGAAGGUCAGUACCGUUCCGCCGCCGGAAGAAGUUCACCGCGAACUCACGGGUAUUUUCAAAGCGGCGGAGAAAGCGGAAGGCGAUCGUGCUAGUGCCGGCGCGGUGUGAACAAGUCGGAUGACUGAUCUGCGUUUGGAAAGAUUUUCAGUAUGAAGAUUAUGUAGUAGGCAGUUGAUUGCUAGGUAUUAUUGGGGAAAAGGUGCUACAAUUCUCGUCGAAUGAGUGAUUGGAUUAUGGAAUUUAAAUUCUUGCUUUUCUCGUAUAGGUGUUUCAUUCCUUUUGAGUCAUUUAUAAAUUGCGAACGAUUGAUUUAGGUUCAACUUUCAUGUGCAACUUGGGAUUACAUAUGACUGAUAUGAGUUCUGAAUUGAUUGGAUGGAAUUCAUGGUUUUAGCGUUGUUAUUACUUGUUUUUAUUUGAUAUGUAAUGGACUAAUGGGUGCAUUUCUGUUCCAGUCGCUCUGUUUCGUAAGAAUUUCAGCAAUGGUUUUAUUAUAAUUCGUAGAUAAAUGUUCAGUAUGUGCUGAGUCUA